CUAGACCGGGUCAUGUGAGCAGCUGUCUAACGACUGUUGUCCUUCAUGCGUCUAUAAAUUCUCCUCCUUAUAUUAAGUUUGUCCUUUCUCCAAGUAAGCCGUCGUGUCCGAGAGUCCAUUAACAGAGUAGCUGCGAUUUCUAAUAGAAUCAUGGCAAAAGACCAGGCUUUUGUGACGCUAGCCACCAAUGACAGCUAUGCCAGGGGAGCCAUGGUGCUGGGCAAGUCCCUGAGGAACCACAAGACAACCAGGAAGCUGGUGGUGAUGAUCGGACCCCACGUCUCUGACCCCUGCAAAGGAGUGCUUCACAAGAUCUUUGACGAGGUGCUGCUGGUGGAUGUGUUGGACAGUGGAGAUGCAGCUCACCUGGCCCUGAUGAAGAGACCGGACCUGGGAGUCACCUUCACCAAGCUACACUGCUGGACUCUUACCCACUACUCCAAAUGUGUCUUCAUGGACGCAGACACAAUGGUGGUACAGAACGUGGAUGAGUUGUUUGACAGAGAGGAGCUGUCUGCGGCCCCGGACCCCGGCUGGCCAGACUGUUUCAACUCUGGCGUGUUCGUGUUCCGGCCCUCCAACGAGACGUACGGCAAGCUGCUCAAGUACUGCACAGAACACGGCAGCUUCGACGGUGGGGACCAGGGGAUCUUGAAUGGCUACUUCAGUAACUGGGCAACCGCAGAUAUAUCAAAACACCUCCCUUUCAUCUACAACCUCAGCAGCAUCGCAAUCUACACCUACCUUCCAGCAUUCAAACAAUACGGUGGCAACGCCAAGGUGGUCCACUUCCUGGGUCAGACCAAGCCGUGGAGCUACACGUACGACCCGGAGACCAAGCGGAUCAGCGGGGACAUGCAGGAGGCCUCCACACACCCCACCUUCCUCCUGGACUGGUGGAUGCUCUACUCUUCCUCUGUGGUGCCCAUGAUGACGGAGGGAUACGGAGACCAGCCCUUCCAGUCCGGCUGUGUGGAAGUCAGUCUAGAAGGAAGCAGCGCGUCACAGGACCCCCAUCACACUGAGCCAUACGUGUCACCAGAGGCAUCCGAGGAACGCAAGCAGAAAUGGGAACAGGGCCAGGCGGACUACAUGGGAAUGGACUCUUUUGACAAUAUCCAGAAAAAGCUUGAUGCUUUUCUCAAAUGAAGAGGGAAACUUAGUUUGACUGAUUCAAUUUAGUUAGUUUCACUCCCCCCACUCCUCUCAACUCUCCAUCUUACCAAUAGUUGGUUCUCUGUAUUAGUGAGCCUCUACCCACCCAAAGACUACAACACAAUUCUGUUACGGUGGGAAACAUUCUCACAUUGUUGGCAGAGCGCAUCAACUAUGCAAUUCUUGUAUAGUAUGUUUAUCCUGUAAAGAUUACUACACUGAAGCACCAAUUUAUUGACAAGCAUGGUUUACAAAUACAUAUUUUUUUCUAUUUGCAAUCGCUGUAUUUGUGAAGAUAAAAUGUUUAGAGAAUUAAAACCGCAAUAAAAAUGGCCUUGCCAGGUAUAUG